CUGAGAACGGGGGGCGUGGAAACCGAAGUAAGAGCUCUAUUAGCAGUAACUGCUAGUACGGAGCAUAAAAGUAGGUACCUUCUACCUAGUAUAACGGUGACGCAUCCGGCAGCCGCUUCAGCCUUAAGAAUCGCAGAAUAAGGCAAAACCACAGCAAGGAAAAGGCAAAACCAUAAGCCAAAAAAGAGUUCCAACCACAGGCUCAGCUCAGUGCCCAGGCUGACGGGGAUUUUGGGGGUGAAAAUUAAACGAGAGCCACGUACUUUUUUUGUCUUUCUCUCUCUUUUCUUCACCUUGCAUCAUCCUUCACUCUUUUUUUUUUUCCAAAGAUGCGCCUCAUGCGGCCUCGUCCGUCCGCUCUUACAUGUCGUCGUUGCCGUUGAGAACAGAAGACACCGAGAGCACAUCACCAUGUCCAGCCCAGGCAGGGAGGUGCCUGCAGCAGCAGCAGCGUCACCUCCGGCAGUCAACGAUGCGACAAGCUUGGCUGCGUCGCCGUCGCCCUCGAUAGCUUCGCAUCGGCAGCAGCAGCACCCGCAGUUUCAGCCUCACAGCCCGCAUCAGCAGACGGCCGCGCCCGACGCAGCAGCAUCAUCAACAGCUGCCCUGUCGGGACAAGAUCAACAGCAGCAGCAUCACUACGACCUCGGCCACAGCCACCACAACAGCAACGACAACGUUGACGCGCCCUCGUCGUCCGACCACCUGCCCCCCUUCGAGCCCAUCUUCACCCUCCUGACAAACACCACCACAAACACCACCGUCCACCCGCGCGUCCACUACCUCUUCAGCGACGACGACGCCUCCGCCGUCCUCACCGCCCCGCAGACCGACCCUUCGCACCGCGCCCUCAUCGUCGACCUCGCCCCGCCGGCCAACCCCAGCGGCAAAUGGACCGUCUCCUGGGCGUCCAGCCUGACGCCGGACUUUGCCGUCACGGCGUCGCAGCUCUCCCUGCAGCAGCACGGCAGCGGCAGCGGCAAUAACGACGGCGACGAGGGCGAGAACAACGAAGGCGCUUCAACGUCUGUGAUGCUCCGCGUCGAGGGCGUUGAGCGCGAAGGCGUCCCUGUCGAUACAAAGCCCACCGGUGCAGCAAACCUCCGCAGCUCCUCGAGCAGCGGCGGCUCCGGCGGCAGCAUUGUCGGCCGUGAAAACGUGGACCAGCUGACGGAGGAGUUUAAGCGCCGCAUGGGCGUGUUGAAGAAGGUCGUCGAUGAAGGCGAGAGGAGACGAGAGACUUUGGAUAGGCUGAAUGAAGAGAUGGCCACGACGCACCCUGAUGGGAGGGACGAUAACACGACGACGACGACAACAACAACUGCUGCUGCGGCUGCGGCUGUGGAAGAUGAUACCAAUGCGGGAGGGAGAGAACCGCAGUAAAGUCGGGAUGGGAACGAGACCACCAAGGGAAGGGGUUUCAAUGAAUUUGUUCUCUCUUUCCUAAUUAAACCAUGGGAUUUUUGCUGUUUUUCAUUUAUUUGGAUACUACCCUCCUAGCGAUAUCAAGCUACCAUGAGAUGGACGAACCAACAAAUGUCACCCAAUUUUUUUCAUAACACUUUCGCCCUCCCUCACCACGCCAGAACACACAAGGCACACCGGAAAGCAUUGUUUGGCGCACGGUCACAUCUACAUCAUAGGCUUAGAUUUGCUCUCUUGCCUCUAUUUAAUCAGGAAUCUUCUCCCUUUUGCUUUUUCUUAUCAACGUUUGGCCCAAUUUUAUGAAGGAUAAAUUCUCCUCUCCUUAGAUCCCGUAGCGAAUUGAUUACAAGAUUCGACAAUAAUACCACUAUUGCUAUUUACUGCUCG